CAUGUGUACGACACACAAGUCUCGACCAGUCUCGACUCAGCUUCUAAAUUGUGUACAUUUGCGUCGUUUUGUGUCAUUGUAGAAAAAUACUGUAUCGAAUACUGUGUCACUUUGUAUUACUUUUUUUGUUGAGUCAAUAAGAUAUGAUAAUUGAAGCGGAAGGACUUUAUUAACUGACAUGAUGCAACGCAUACAAGAUAAUAAGCGGCUACCAUUACCAGGAGGAGAAACUACAGAACGUCAAUUAACAUUAGCUAUUUGGGCGACAGCUGAAAAAAAGUUGGAAUUUAAACCAUUACCUGGAUUUAAUCCUAAUUUGGAUAAUUUGCAAUAUUAUCGUGCUCAGCAAGACAUUGAUUGCGAUGAAGUAUAUCCUGGAAUAUAUAUUGGCGAUGGAAUUACAGCAAAAAACAAAAAGUAUCUUAAAAUGUUAGGUAUAACACAUUUAUUGAAUGCAGCGGAAGGAAGGAGAUAUGGAUUUGUAAAUACAGAUAAUAAUUAUUACGCUGAUACAACGAUAAAAUAUCUUGGCUUACAAGUUACAGAUUUACCUUCCGUAGAUAUUAGUAAAUACUUUUAUAUAGCAGCUAAUUUUAUUGAUGAAGCAGUAUCUACUGGAGGUAAAGCUUUCGUAAAUUGCAUGCAGGGUGUAUCUCGUAGUGCUACGUGUGUUCUCGCAUAUUUAAUGAUAAAGAAGAAUAUGUUAGCAACUGAUGCUAUACAUUUAGUUCGCACAAAUCGAGAUAUUCAUCCAAAUAAUGGUUUUCUUCGGCAAUUAGCAGAGUUGGAUAAUCGAUUGCGUAGACAACGCUUACGUUUAUAUUGAAUGUGUAAAAUUUUGAUGUUACAAAAAAUAACAUUAUUAUUGUUAUUAUUAUUAUUAUAUAUAUUUCAUGAGAUAUUUAAAUAAAGAUGAAUGUAUAGCAAGCAUACAUAUACAAAGCAUAGAGUAUAAGAGAAUGUAGAGUAGCGAAUUAUAAAUUUAUAAAUUUUAUUUUACGGUUAAAAUACAGAACUGUAUUAAACAACAAUUAAAAAUUGAGUAAGAAUA